GAUUCGAAAGAACUUCCCACAAUAUCUGACAUGUGUAUAGUCGCCAAAAAUAAAAGGAGUGAGUUAAAGAAGUGAGGCCUAGCCUCCACAAUGAGGAGCUUUGACUGAAAACAUAGACAGGUACUAAUCAUAGAGGAGCUGCUUAUAUAUUUGCUGAAAGAUUAGAAGGACUAUGAGGGAGAAGAUGUGAAAACAUCAGUGGAUUAUUUUACCUCUUUGAACCUUUGCGUUAGAUUCCUAUUGCACAGAUUCAAUGAGAGCAGUGUAUUUGGAGAAGUGUGAGUGUGCAGCGAUGGAGAACCUCAGUGAAGAUGGUUUAGAGAGAUGUAAAGAGUUUGGGGACUGGUCCACCUGCAGCUCUGAACACUGGGAUGAGGAUCACGGAGACAGCAGUGGCUUUGGGGACUGGACCACUUUUAAAGAAGGUCUCAGUGAAGAGAGUGACUCUGUAUACUUAUCAUCUCAGGAAGGACAAACUUCUGACCAUGAAAACAAGGUAGAGAGAGGUGAUGAGCCCUGGGUUACGAUCCAUGAUUGCUUUCAUGUUGAGGAGAUAGCGAGAAAUACGGACAUGAUGGAUGUCCUGCCACUGUCACAGCUCCUGCACAACUCCACACACACUCCUGCCCCUCCAGCAGUACUAUUAAAAAAGGGUGUCAGCUUUUACCAUAGUCUGUUGUGUGAGUCAAAGCCUCUGAGCAUCAUGGGUCCGAAACAAAACUUGUAUUCCUACAAGCAGCUCACUGACACACUACAGAUUAAACAAUCCAGCACUUUACAGCUAACAGCACCCACGUGGUGUCAGAAUUCGCCCGGAUUCCUCUAUCAGAUCUCUCACCAGUGGCUCAACCAUUACUGUUUGAGACUAUAGAAUCAUCAGGACAAGAAAGACUUGCUGUAAUGACCCAUGCUGCCUACUGCAGUGAAACACCGAUAUCCUGUAUACAGUCUUUCUGACAAUAGACGUUUUAUUUUUAGUUGCACACAUUAGACAUAAGUGUUGCAACAGCUUGAGAAUAUUCUGAAUGUGAAAUAAAUUCACUCAAUAUAUACAUCCAUUAUGCUUGAUUUUAAAAAAAAAUCAUAGUUAAAAACCUUUUACACACUUUUACAUGCCUAGAGAAUUUACAUCACCCAUCAUAGCUGCAGUCUAUAUUCCACCGGAUGCUAAUGCCAAGCUAGUAUUGAAAAAAAAACCUCUCUUCUGUGCUCAAUAAACAGCUAACCACA